AUCUUGGGGGUAAAAACUUCGGAGAAUGGCAAAAUCUACUUUUAACGUCGGGUAUGACGAAGUUAUUCUCGAUCAGCUUCUGAACAUAGACGAUCUUGCCUUUGAUCAAUAUCCAACGGAUAUGCUUUGAGUAAUGUCAGACAAAAAGCGCUUUAGUGUGCAAUUUUUUUUCACUUUUUCGUGUUAACUUCAAGGUUAAUUUUUACUCCAACGUUCCAAUAGCGCAUUUUGCAAUGCACUCGACUCAAAUUCUAGCGGUUCGGAAUUCUGACGGGCUCUCCACCUGAGCCAAUGAUCAGUGCAAAAACAACAACCGACUUUCAAAUGCUCAACUGCUACAAGAGAAGAUUGUAACCUGACAAUCAAGAAAAGAAAAGCGCAAAGUCUGAUUGUGAGUGAGUUGAACAAAUAAAAAUCUCCUUAAAGUAUCUUCUAUGUAGAGAAAGGAUUUAUUUUGCAAAGUAUAUUCGAAACCUACAGUUUCAGAAAAAUCAGCUGCUGAAAAGUGUCCUCUUGAAUCCUUUUUUAUUUAUUUAGGGAAUCAAUGUUGGCAGAGGUGCCGUGCCAUGGAGGGUACUUGGGGCCUUAACCGUCCUUGUUAUAAUUCAGAGAUAUUUGGUGGUGGAUAGCCCCCUUAACCAGUAUAUGUUCAGUUCGGCGAAUUCCAUCUUGGCAAUGAGAAUUAACCUUGUUGUCUACAGCACAGCCCCUUUUUCACACCCCCCAACUCCCUGGUGGGCCAAUGUAGUUAGUUACAUUUGCUUGCCCCUGGGUUGGGCGGAUGUUCUGGGUUGGACGCUGACGCUCCAAAACGAAGAGCCUCUCUCUGCAACAUUCAUAACGAGGCUUUACAAAUUUUGGCGCGCUUUGUAGGUGUUCCAUUCGGAAGGGAUGAGUAAAAAUUUUACUUUUCUAAAGAAUCAAGUGUUUACCAUUUAGUUGGUAAUGGCUGUACCUUCUUGGUUGCGAUCAAGGGAGACUAUUCCAAGUGUUAAUAUCGGAAGAGGGAGAUAUCUUGAAAAAGUCAUUAAUGGAUUUGAAUGUUAUUAUCAAGAUGAGUAUCAUGUGCAUGGAGAAAUGGGGAUGGCACUGCCACCAUUCACAGCAAAGUUUAGCCAAGGAUUAUUGAAUGGCCAUUUGCUUGGGGUAGCAGAUGAAGAUGGAAACAUUCAGCUGAUUGAUUCAAGAAAACAGAAGAUAAAUUCUGUAAUAAAAGGUUGGUCAGCACAUUCAAAUGCCAUUUUUGACAUUGCAUGGGUUGGCAAUGAACCAAAACUUGUAACAGCCUCUGGUGAUCAAACAGCUCGUCUUUGGGAUGUUGAGAAAGCCGAGACCCUGGGAAUUUUUAGAGGACACACAUGUAGCCUUAAAUCAAUUAAUUUACAAUUCAGAAGUUCUUCUGUCUUUGCGACGGGUGCACGAGAUGGAAAAAUAAUGUUGUGGGAUACGCGAUGUCACAUGAAAAAUGGCUAUUAUGGACCGAUAAAUGUUAUCCACGGUGCUCACGUUCGUGUAGAGAAAAAUUCAUUGCAUAUUAAUAGCAGGAAAAGAAAGCCGAGAAGAGCUUCUGUUUUAUCAUCUGAUUCUAAACAAAGUGUCACUGCAGUUGUAUUUCAAGAUGAGAAUAUCAUCAUAUCAUCCGGAGCUUGUGAUGGCACAAUCAAAAUGUGGGACAUACGAAAGAACUACAGUGCUUUUAAAGAAGCUCCAAUUGCAUAUCACAUGAUUCCAUACCCAGAUCAAUCUGCGUCGAGGAAACAUGGAUACAGCUCUCUUGUUCUGGAUUCAACUUCAUCUCGGCUUUUCGCAACCUGCAUCAAUGACGUCAUUUAUGCUUAUCAUUCGUCAAAUCUGGCUACCCGACCGUUUGCGAGCUUCUAUGGUCAUCAAUCGUCUACUUUCUACAUUAAAUCGUCAAUGAGCCCUGACGACAGGUUUCUCCUCUCUGGAUCUGGAGAUGACAACUGCUAUGUAUUCAAGGUAGACGAGCCUCACCAGCCCCCUUGGGUUCUCAAAGGUCACGUAGGAGAAGUUACAAGCGUUUCCUGGUGUCCGUCUGACUUAUCAAAGAUAGCGACAUGCUCUGAUGACAAUACCUUUAGAAUCUGGAGGUCAUUAAGCAAGUUUAAGCCAUCAAAUGGUGCUGCAAAUAAGCAAAUUGGAGCUUGUGUCCGGGAAGGCUCGAUUCAGCAUUUGGCUUCACAGGAGCAGAUGUUUUAUACUAACAAUAGACUGAACAUUCGAUUCAGAGACAUUUCUAGCACAUGUAAACCAAAUAUGAAUGGAUUGAUGAGAACGCCUAAAACACCGACAUUUUUAGACGAUUCCGUAGAUUCGAUGUCCUGUGGUUCUCUCACUAGCGCAGAAAGUCCAGACGUACCAGCUAAGCGUUGUAAAGGUAUAUUUUCCACUCCAAAGGGACAAACAGAGCCACCCAUCAUUGUGACGCCAUCCAGUACCCCUAAGAACUCUCGUUUGCUUUUGGAAAAAUGGCUGAAGGCGAGUCCCAGUCCGUCACCUGUUGGAGUUUCACCAGAAACAAAUAAAAGUCUUCGAAAUACACUGAAACAGAAAAACAGUGAUAGAAAAGUUUCCGAUCACACUCCGAGAAGAAAAAUUAUUCUUUGUGCUAGGCCAUCUUCGGAGCCAAAAGUGUUCAAAAGAAAGAAUAUAAAAACCGGAACCCUAACGCGAUCAGCAGCUAAAAGAAAACUUGUCAGCGAUGACAAGGAGAACCCUCCAUCGAAAACUAUUAGAAUGUGUUUUGACCAAGCAAGACUGUCUCCGAAAUUAGAUAAGGAAAAAAACGAGUUUGAAGAUAAAAAAGACGAUCCGGUUUCAUCAGCCAGGAGAAGAAGACCGUUAAGUAAUAACCAAGAAAGAGACAUUUUAGAUCAGCUAGACGAAUUACCUGAAGAUGAGGAAUUCGACAAGGAAAAGUCACCCAAAGGGCAAAUUUAGUCAAGUGUAUAUUCACGAUUGACUGUCGUUGCAGUCACUCCAAGGGGUUUUCAGCAGUGAAAUACUUUAAAACGUGGUGUGUUUGCCAAAAAGUUUCGUAACAACACAAAAGAGUCUUUCGUGAAACAUCUGCGCGUCCUUCGACUGAAUGGAAACACCAUGGAUCCUGGCGAUUUUUACAUCACAGUAUCGUCUGUUCUUGCUAUUAAACUCCGAUCCUGGAAACCUCGCCAACAUAAUUACAAAGACUCUGCGGGAACAAUCGCCAAAAAGUGGUCACUCAGUUAUAUCUUCCUUGUGAUUCACUUAUACCCUACUUUUCCUCGCUAAAUUAUUUUUUAAUUCGCAUUCCCUGUUCACAUUUUUAUGAACCUUUGAUUUACUGUCAAGCUUUUUCAAAAUGUUGCGAAAUUUUCACUUGUUUUAAGAAAACCGUUCAUUAAAUGUUUUUUCUAUGGUUGUAGCUGUUCAACUUUGAAGAUUAUCAUUAUUUUUACAAUAUUCAGAUGCUGUAUCUAUCCUUGAUAUAUUAUUAUUGUUAUUUAUCCUAAUUUAAGAUCGAUAUGAGAGACAGAAGCCAUAA